UUCAUAUAGUUUCUACUUUCUAGUAACUUUCUCGGAUCCGGAUCCGGCAGCGGACCCGAAUCCGAUAAGAUGCCGGAGCCGUCGUCUCCGGCUGAGUUCCAAGCCACUGGUUCCGGCUCCAGUGGCACGGGCGCCGGCGCGCCAGCGGAGCUUCUCGUUUCCCUUCAGGAAACCGUUUCCCUCGCGCAUGCCGUUUCCCUUCCCGCGCUGGCUUCACUUCUCCGCCGGUUAACUAUCGCCGUCCACUCCCUCCCUCCAUCGGAGAGCGUUAUCGAACCCAUGGCGGCGGAUCUCCGGCGGCUCUGUGCCGUGAUGAGGAGUUCCGUGGGAACGGAGCCGUCGGAGGUGGUGUCGGAGGUGAGGGAGGUGGUGAGAGACCUCGGGCGGAGCUUGGGGAUUUUGAUGCUUGAACCUGCGGGAGUGAGAGAUGGGAUGGCGGCGUUGCACCGGGAGAUGAUGGCGGCGAGGUUUGAGGGGCCGGAGGGGAGGUGGGGAGGGCCGGUGCCGGAUCUGGAAGAGGCCGUGGUGAGGAUUAAGAGUGGGGAGGAGAUGGAGGGGGCGAUUGCAGAGCUAGGGUUUCUUGUUCGCGAGGUGUUGGUUCGAGAGGAGGAUGGGCCGGGGGUGGUUUCGGUUCUUGUGAACCGAUUGGGUUCGGUUAAGGAUGGGAACCGGUUGAGGAUUCUAUCCUUGUUGAGGAGUUUGGCAGCUCUUAGUGAAGAAAACAAGGAGAUGAUGACAAGUAUUGGAGCAUUGUCAAAUAUUGUGAGGUCUUUGUCAAGAGAAGCCGAUGAGAGGAGGGAGGCAGUCGGACUUCUUUUGGAUUUGUCGGAGAUUUCAAAAGUACGGCAGAGGCUUGGAAGGGUUCAGGGUUGUAUAGUGAUGCUGGUUGCCAUGCUUAAUGGUGAUGAUCCGAGUGCAGCAUGUGAUUCUGGUAAGAUAUUGGGUUCUUUGUCGAGCAACACACAGAAUGUUCUUCUCAUGGCGGAGGCCGGUUUCUUUGUUCCAUUGGUACAAUACCUGAAGGAAGGUUCUGAUAUGAAUAAGAUUCUCAUGGCAUCGGCAAUUUCGAGGAUGGAGAUCACUGAUUUAAUGAAAGCCUCCCUUGGACAAGAAGGAUCGAUAAAAGCUUUAGUGAAGAUGUUCACCAAUGGGAAACUUGAAGCCAAACUUUCCGCUUUAGGUGCUCUGCGUAACCUUUCCACCGUAAAAGCAAAUAUCCCGAGGCUGAUAAGUGCAGGCAUUGUGCCACCUCUUCUUCAGCUCCUGUUCUCUGUUACAUCCGUUCUGAUGACUCUUCGUGAACCCGCCUCUGCUAUACUUGCAAGUAUUUCCCAAUCUGAACUGAUUCUGACCAAGAAAGGUGUUGCUUCGCAAAUGCUCUCGCUACUUAGCCUGUCUAGCCCUGCAAUUCAGUGCCACCUAUUACAGGCUCUCAAUAACAUAGCUAGCCAUCCAAAUGCUUCAAAAAUUAGAGCUGAAAUGGAAGAAAAUGGUGCCGUGCUGCUUCUUCUACCUUUACUAGCAGAGGGCAAUCCUGAAAUAAGAGUAGCUGCCUUGAGUUUUCUAUAUACACUGUCUAAGGAUUUUACCGGAGAGAUGGCUGACCUGGUAGGGGAGAAUCAUCUGAACAUCCUAGUGGACAUCAUCUCCUCUCCGGCAUCAGAGAAUGAAAAGGCUGCUUCUGUGGGUAUUCUUAGUAACAUCCCUGUGAAUGACAAAAAAGUGACUGAGCUUUUCAAGCGGAAAAACUUACUGCCCGUCCUGAUAAAUUUAGUUGAAGUGAGCAUCACCAAGACUUCAGUAUCAACAAGAAGGUGGUUGCUAGAAAGCAUUGCAGGUGUGCUAGUACGCUUCACAAUUCCUUCAGAUAAGAAGCUACAGAGACUGUCAGCGUCCCAUGGGAUUAUCCCUUGUCUUCUGAAAUUACUCUCAUGUGGAUCUGUUGCUGCAAAGGCAAAAGCGGCAACUUCACUAGCUCAAUUGUCUCAGAACUCCCUUGCGUUGGGUAAGAUUAAGUCACCAAGAUGGUUUUGUGUUCCUCAUCCCGCAGAAGCAUUCUGCGCGGUGCAUAACAGUCACUGUACAGUAAAAACAACAUUAUGUCUUGUCAAGGCCGGUGCAAUACCUCCUUUGGUACAAGUUCUGGAAAGUAAGGAACGCGAAGCAGAUGAGUCUGCCCUCUCUGCUCUGGCAACUCUAUUGCAGGAUGAGAUAUGGGAAUGCGGAUGUAGUGCCAUUGAGAAAGCAUCAGGGGUUCAGGCUAUUAUAGGAGUGCUGAAAGCAGGAAGUUUGAAGGCACAAAUGAAAGCAGUUUGGAUGCUGGAAAGAUUUUUCAGGAUUAAUGCUAACAGAGAAAAAUAUGGUGAAGCUGCUCAAGUGCUGCUUAUUGAUCUUGCUCAAGAGGGAGAUCCAACUCUGAAACCGAUGAUUGCUAAAAUAUUGGCACAUCUUCAGCUCUUGCAAAUGCAAUCAAGCUACUUCUGAUAAAGAUUGGGGUCUAUUCUGUCCCUUAGUAAGUGAGUCGUUUGAUGCUAAGAGUUGAGAAAGUUUUGGCGAAGGCCCAAUCCGAUUUCUGCAUCUAAUUGUGAAGGAAAAUUCUGCUUGCGGAUUUGACAGAGAACAAUGCUGGGUGACAUGAUCACAUUUUUCAACUAUUUAAAAUGCUUGGUGUUUUGCAAUUGAAGAUUAUGUUCACAUGACAAGCAAGCACAGAGAUGAUAAAGCAAGCACAGAGAUGAUAUGAGUUAUGAACCUUUGUUUCUUCAAGGCUGGCUGCAAUCUCUUGCAAGAAAGAGUGGGAAACAUUUUUUCUGCAAAACUGGAUUUUGUCUGUCUGUUCGUGUGUGUAGUGUAGAAAAUACCGCUGGGUAGUCUACUCUUUUUCAUUUUCCUUUUUUCUUUUCUUGGUUGACGCCUUGGUAUUUAAGAUUUUCCAUUCUCCUUUGUAAAUUAUAGCCUUGUUCUUGAAUUGUGGAAGGAUUUGUAUAGUAAUGUAAAGAAUGAUGUUGAUAUUAGCAGUCAA